UCGCCCCCUUGUUUGACGUCACACCAACGGCUAUUUGCAUGCAUGAGGUGUUUUCUAGCUGCAGCUUCAAGUCGCCUCCUGCAAAACGAGUCUCUCAGAGGGGAAAGCGAGGGAAGAGGCGCAGUGAAAAUAAGGAGGAGGCGGGGGGUUCUUGUGUUUCACAUCAGAGGAGAAGGACGGAUAAACGUCCCGAAAGCGAGGAUAAGGUGUCGGAUAGCAGAGGGAAUACACGGGAGCUACUCUUGUGUCGGAAAAUGGAGCUACCCGCCGCUGGAGAGCACGUCUUUGCGGUGGAGAGCAUCGAGAAGAAGCGCAGCAGAAAGGGGAGAUUUGAGUACCUGGUCAAGUGGCGAGGAUGGUCUCCAAAAUACAACACGUGGGAACCAGAAGAAAACAUCCUGGACCCAAGGCUGCUUGAUGCUUUCCAAGACAGGGAACGCCAUGAGCAGCUGAUGGGAUAUCGCAAGAGAGGACCCAAACCCAAGCACCUCCUGGUUCAGGUUCCUUCUUUCGCCCGGAGAUCCAGCAUCCUGGCUGACCUCCAUGAGGCAUCCCUGGAGGAGGAGAGCUGUCUGAAGCCCAGCCCCAUGCAGAUGCUCCGUCCCCAGGGCCAGCAGUACCAGCUGAACAGCAAGAAGCACCACCCGUACCAGCCGCUGUGCCGGGAGCGCGACACCGAGCCGCCGGCGCACGGCAAGAAGUUCUUCUACCAGCUCAACAGCAAGAAGCACCACCACUACCAGCCGGACCUCAAGGGUCACGAGCCCAUCUUUGCUAAACCCAGAGAGGUGAAGGCUCCGGAGCUGGUGAACAAAGGGUACAACCUUCCCCCGGUGCUGCAGCAGAAGUGGGUCCGGGACAAGGACUCAGGUUGUCUGACAAAAGUCAAGGAUAUCACCAUGGAGCUGAAGAAGCUCCCAGCGGACCUCAACGGCCACAACGAGCCGGAGAAGGUCCAACCUAAAGAGGAUGCUACACUAGCGCAGUCUAAUGGAGGCAGCAACGGCAAGUUAAAGAUCGUGAAGAACAAAAACAAGAACGGGCGGAUUGUUAUUGUCAUGAGCAAGUACAUGGAGAACGGAAUGAAAGCGGCUAAGAUUAAAAACGGCGGCUCUGACAUUGCUGGAAAGCCACUGCAAGCAGCUGACAGCAGCACGGAGAACCACCUCGAGAAAAUGAAGCUCGUCAGGAAGCUCGGCCUCAUGAACGGAUUUGCCAAAAACCCCAAAGACAAAACAACCUUUCCUAGUUCUGGAUUUAAAGUGCAUUGCCUCAAAGAAAAGCAACAGUCCCCCAAAACGGAGCCAACUGUGACGGAACAGGAUAAACCUGUCAGGGUCAGGGGUCAGGGGCAGCUUUCAGAAGAUCAGCCUUUACAACUGACAAGUUGUAAAGGCACAACCAAGCCUAAUCUGCUCUCGCUGCCUUUGGAUAGGGGAGUUCCCUCCCCACUGGACAAAAGAGGGAACCAAGGUGGAUUUCAAGGACUGAAGCGACACCUCUCUGACCCAGACAGCGAGGAUCAUGGGAGUAGUAAGAGGUUUCUGAGCUGCAGGAGUAUCAGCCCUCCUCACGCCACAUCUCCACCCACCCAAAGCAUCAGCACCAACCAAAACACACACCAGAGUCCCACUGGACUGCAGGACUGUGGGUACGCAGACCAGGAGGAACCUAUCGACUUAAGUGUUGUCAAGUCCCGGCCUAAAGCUACGCAGCCUGAAACACAAACUGAAACUGUAACACAAUCUGAAACACACACACAGGAUGAAACAGACACACACACUGACGUACGGACAGAAACUGAAACACAGAAAACUACAGAGGAGGAUAAAGUCAAUUCAUUGUCUGUGUGUAACCAUGAGAAGAGAAAAGAGGAGACGUUUCCCUCUCUCCAGCCUUUCCUCGGGAAUAUAGUGAUCACAGACAUUACCACAAACUGCCUCACAGUCACCUUUAAGGAAUACAUUACAGCGUAACGGACCUGUGGAACUGGACAUUUACAUUCAAAAUAUUUGUAUUCUCGGAUGCUUGAAUGUACAAACGGACCCUUGAUGUUUUUCUCAUUAUGUAUAGUUCCCAUAAAGAAAAAAUAUCCUUUAUUGCGUUUUUGCAUAUUUCUUCUUAUAAGCUCUCUGUUGUUACUCCUGGAGAUUUUUUAUCACAUACGUUACAUAAUUCAAAGCCAAAUUAGGUCAAAUAAAUGUCUGAAAUUGAUUGAAGAUGCUCUUAUCCCUUGUAAAUGCUCUUCACUUUUCUAUGGAUGUAAUUUGAUUAUUCACUCAAACUGUCGGCAUCUUUGACAAUGCUAAACAAAUGUAGGCUUUAUGGAGUUUUGUAAAGAAAGAUUAUAUUGAACCAUGGUCAAUUACACUGUGUGUGUGUGUGUGUGUGUGUGUGUGUGUGUGUGUGUGUGUGUGUGUGUGUGUGUGUGUGUGUGUGUGUGUGUGUGUGUGUGUGUGUGUGUGUGUGUGUGUGUGUGUGUGUGUGUGUGUGUGUGUGUGAGUGUGUGACAGAUGGACCGACUGAAACAAGGAUGCAUGCUGUUGGACAGAUUAUGCUAUUAGGCAUGCUUAAACAAGCAGAUCAGAAAAAACUAAGCACCUUGGCUUUCUGUCAGUAAAUGUGAUCUGCAGCUGAAAGAAAAUGUCUUUCAAAUGAGAGAUAAUAAAUGGUUAAUGUUUGAUAUACGCUCUUUUUCUAUCUCUGUUCAAAGGGUUCUUUGAGUCAUGAACCUCCAGAUCUGAUCCUGAGCACUAGUCACCUCCAGCCCUGAGACUUUAUUUAUGUAAUGUUUAGCAGUGCAGUGAAUAAGAUGGCGUUGUACCAUAUCAGUCACACAUCUGUGUUAACACUGUUAGUUGACAUGUGUACUCCAAUAUAUUACAACAUCAGAUGGGUGCUCUAUGAUUCACUUUCUCAUGUUUCCGUUCUCGGCCUCCCUCACAUGUUCUGAGGCGACACAGUAUGGAACUGAAUGGACCUGUCUUGGUGUCAUAUUUUACGUAACUUUUGCUACAUUGCGCUAAUUAAAAGUUUGUAAAAGCACACAUUCUUGUCACAAUCCUAUCUGUUCCCUAUACAUGCCCCUUCUACUUUUGUUUCAUUUUCGAAAAUCCCUUCCAGCACUAUGAGAUCUGAGGUGCGUUGAACAGCUCUGUGAGAAUGAUUAUCAGAAGCACUUUUUAUGUUUUGUGCAGACAAAAAAAUGAAGGCUUCCUAUGAUACAUUUUGCAAUAAUAAAAUUGUUUGCAAGUAAA